GUUCACCCCUAGAAGCAAUUGACGGCAAUAUACUGAGCGAAGAGAUGGAUCUGAGAAUCUUCAAGUUUGGGAAAGAAGGAGGGAUCAUCAAAGCUAUCCAGAUUACUGGCAUAAUUCAAGGAACCGACGAGGGUACGAUCUCCACAUCCCAUGGAUUCAACGCGAAAGUCUCAAUCAAUCUCACUCAUUCCGAAUUCAAACCAAGGUUUUUAAUCUCUUUCACUCUAAUUUUAACAAGAACUUCUGUAUUAGUGAAAUUGGAAAGAGGAAUUACGAUAUAUGGUUUGACGUCGAUGGAUUAAUUUGGAUUCUUGAGCUAUUCCCCAAACUAAUUCAGAGAAAAUCCUGGGCUAUCACCCGAUUUGAAAAGCAUCGGAAAAUCACCAUUUCUUUUGGAUAUAAUAGCUGGGGUAAUUAUAUUCGGAUACUUGAAUCGAGAAGAGAGGGGAACACCUCCCUCUUUGUUCCUGCGGAUAGAGGGGGUAUGGUCUAUUUUUUUGAUGCCAUUGAAGAGUUCAUUGGUUCUAGAACAGAAGGAAAUGUUGCUACUGCUUCAGGGAAUGAUAAGUUAGGAAGAGAAGUAGAGGACCUAGGUAUUGUUAAUCCUCUGCAGCUAGAAGAAUUCCCAAGAGUAGAACAAGCUAAAAGGAACUCUUCACUGGAGCCACUUAGCCGGGAAGAGCAAUGUUUAAUUGACGGGCUGUUUAACCAAAAUUUGGAGGUGCAAGCAUCACGUUUGGGGGACCCUAUGCAAUCAGAGCUGGACCUCAUGAUAAUUGAUGAUAAAGUAGAAGAUCAGGCACGAGGAGACCUUCAAAAACAGUAUGAGAUGCUAAAGCCGAUUUUCGAACAACACAUUAGCGAUGACUUUGAGAAUUCUCUUUGGAUGAUCAAGGAAGCGUUACGCUCGCCUUUUGUCAAGGAUAAGAUCCAACAGGGGCUCGUGUCAACACUUCGGGGGAAGGCAAUAAAAGCGACAAGGGAGGCUAUGAAGAGUGCACAGUGCAUCAGGGCUAUUAAACUGAAAGCAACCAAAUUGGUUCAGGAUUCCUCACCGUGCAUCUUGGCUAGACUUUCUUCAGUGCCCUAAAAUUGGAGUCAUGUUUUGGGCCUACUAUGCUGUUCUCUCACUUCUCUGCAUUUACAUAAAGCUUGGAGCUGGCAGACUCUUUACGCUUCAAUGUAUAUUCCGCAAGCUGUAUUCUCAAUCAUGGAAUCAUCAAUGUAGGGAAGACAGUACACAUGGGUUAGGAGGCAUUAUUAUUUUCAUUGGGACCUCUCCCUGCAGGAUUGUGUUUAGACUAUAUGCUUGGUUGUCUUUUUGGUUUUAGACUCUGCGUAAGGUUGUUUCAUUUGUAUCUUUCCCUUCUUUUUU